AUGGAACACCUCGUGUCAACACCAUUAGGGAAAUAUCCCCACGCAGCGCUGCGCUUCUCCUGGGUUUCGGGUAUCAACUGGCAGCUGCAGAUGCUUAGUCCAGCGAAAGUAGUCAAUAACGGUGUUCUGGAGUUAAGGGCCAAAUGCUUUGAGUCAAAAGAUGAACUGAAGGAAUUUUCGGACGCUGUCAUUGAUUGGGACGGUAAGGAAGAAUGGCCUAUUAGAGGAGUUCGUGGACCGCCGGACCUUCUCCCGGUGCCUAGGCGGGACUCGGGCUCGGGACUCGGGAGAGUCAUUGGCGGACUAGUGACGAAGUGA